CAAGCGUGCGCAGUAGGCUCUUCCGUCAGCUGUAUUGUGGAAAUGGUGGAGAAGAAAGCUUCGGUUCGCUCCCAGGACCCUGGACAGCGGCGGGUGUUGGACCGGGCUGCGCGGCAGCGCCGCAUCAACAGGCAACUUGAAGCCUUGGAGAAUGACAACUUCCAGGAUGAUCCCCAUGCAGGACUUCCCCAGCUUGGCAAGAGACUACCUCAGUUUGAUGACGAUGCAGACACCGGAAAGAAAAAAAAGAAAACUCGAGGUGAUCAUUUUAAACUCCGUUUCCGAAAAAAUUUCCAGGCCUUGCUGGAGGAGCAGAACCUGAGUGUGGCUGAGGGCCCCAACUACCUGACGGCUUGCGCAGGACCCCCGUCCCGGCCCCAGCGCCCUUUCUGCGCUGUAUGCGGCUUCCCCUCCCCGUACACCUGCGUCAGCUGUGGUGCUCGGUACUGCACCGUGCGCUGUCUGGGCACUCACCAGGAGACCAGGUGCUUGAAGUGGACAGUGUGACCCUGGGUGACCCUGGAGAGGAAGGCCCUCCAUGCAGCAUCACUCUGGCCUCAGAGAGGGCAUUGAAAGGGAAGGUGCCCCCCUGGACCAAGAGAGGAACCGUUCACUCACCCAGCAAACCUCAUGUCUUAUUCCCAAGGGAAGACCAGCCUCACUCCCAGGGACGGGGCAGGGAAGUGGGCCAGCCCUCAGGGCACCAUCUGAUAAAAGUCUCAUGUGAGGGGGCGCAUGCCUUUUGGUCACAGGGUGUUUUGAGGGGUGAGGAUGAUUGGUCAUCUCUUUCUCCUACUCAUUACUCUGUGUCUUUUUCUCCUACCUGUCCAUCACACCCACACCGUCUGCCCCUGUAGGUCCCUGACCAGGCAAGAUUUUGCCCCAUUCUCCUACCGUUCUCAUGUCUCUGCAUUCCUUGACUGCCUCUUUAUAUCACUUUUUUGGUUAUUGAUUUAGUUCAUUUGUUUUUUGCUUUUUGUUUCUCUAGUUCCUCUGAGUUUUUUUUGGAUAUGGUAAAGUCCCAGGAAUGGCCAGUCUGAUGGAAGAAUUGUCCUAAGGAAGCUCUUUUUAGCAGGGACUGUGGUACAUGCAGUUAUUAGCAGAGAAAACCCCGGAAGUUCCUGGGAGGCAUAGAGGAAUUCAUCGUGUAGAGAUUCCUGUUCUGGGUGACCCUGGAUGCUAUAACUCUUGUGUGGUACUAGAGCUUCUUACACCUCACCUCUUCUGAGUGGGUUGUGAGCUAUAAGCACCUCAUGUCCUUGGAGUUGCUGUCCUAGUUGCCCACUACUCUCUUGGAACAUAGCCAAGCAGGUGCUUAGGAAGUAUUUUUUGAACAUAUGACCUCAAUAAGAUAUUAUUGAUAUCCAGCAAAGUCAGUGUUAGGCACUUUCUUAGGCUCUUCUCCCCAUUUUGGGGAACUUUCUUGGGGCUGGCCCAAAUGUCCCUGGUGUCUUCCUGAGGAACUGCUUGCUUUUUCUCUGCAGACUUGCAGCUGGGAAAUGGCAUUGGUGACAGCCUUGUGUUGAAUGGUGAUGAGAACAGGGUUUACAGACAGUCUCAAGGGCGGUGGUUUUAGAAGAUGGUUGUAGGCCCUGGCUGCUGUGGCUCAGUGGAUUGAGUGCUAGCCUGCAAGCCAAAAAGGGUCCCUGGUUCAAUUCCCAGUCAGGGCAUAUGCCUGAGUUGUGGGCCACAUCCCCAGCAGGGGGUGUGCGAGAGGCAACCACACAUUGAUGUUUCUCUUCCUCUUUCUCCUUCCUCUCUCUAUAAAUAAAUAAAUAAAAUCUUAAAA